CUAAUGCCUUUAUAACAACAUCAUAAUAAAGGUAUUUUGUGGCAUAAAUUUAAACUUUGUUCCUAUCUUUUAUUCCUGCAUUUGUAGUGUUUUCUUUAUGUAUCCCUAUAACGUUUUUAUAUACUAGUAAAUCUGUAAAAAAUUCAUGUUUACCUUACUGCUUUCUUACCAUAGGAACAAGUAGCAAGGGAAUGCAUAGUACUCGUUUAAAUGAUAUAAUUUGUGGCGAAUGUUAAAGAAUGAAUCAAAACACAGCAAAAGUGACUUUUGGUCAAGUUAUUUUAGGCCCACCUGGAUCAGGAAAAACCACAUACUGCUGUGCUAUUAAGGAAUUCUUGACGGCCAUGGGAAGAAAAGUUGUUAUUGUUAAUCUGGACCCAGCCAAUGACAAUUUACCGUUUCCUCCAGACUAUGAUAUUUCUACGUUAAUUACGUUAUCUGAUACAAUGGAUAUGUUGAAAUUAGGACCCAAUGGAGGGUUGAUAUACUGUAUGGAAUUUUUAGAGAAAAAUUUUGAUAUAAUGGAGAAAAAACUACUGGAGUUUCAGGAAGGCGGUUAUUAUGUUGUGUUUGAUUGUCCUGGUCAAGUUGAACUUUAUACACACCAUAACUCGGUCUCAAACAUUUUCAAAAGAUUGGAAAAAAUAAAUUUCAGGUUAGUUGCUGUCCAUUUGGUAGAUUCGCAUUAUUGCAAUGAUGCAUCCAAAUUUAUCUCUGUUUUGCUGACGUCAUUGUCCACCAUGUUGCAGAUAGCUUUGCCACAGGUUAAUGUCUUGUCCAAAAUUGAUUUAAUCGAGAAGUAUGGAAAAUUAGCAUUCAACUUGGACUAUUUUACUGACGUUUUGGACUUGUCGUAUCUUUUGGAUGAGAUGAAGGAUGAUCCUUUUCUAAAGCAAUUUUCCAAACUAAACGCCACAUUGGUUGAUAUCAUUAAAGAUUACAGCUUAGUCUCUUUUUCAACACUUCACAUCGAGAACAAAGAGAGUAUCUUAAAAUUGAUGAAAGUUGUCGACAAAGCUAAUGGAUAUAUUUAUGGUGGAUUGUCAGAAGAUGGAAGCAAUGUAAUGGAACUGAUGUCAACAGCAGUUGGAGCUGAUUUUACCUUUGACACACAAUCUGUACAAGAAAAGUAUAUGUCUUCUACUUCGAUGGAGGAAGGAUGACACUAUACACGACCAAGCAACAGUUGCAAUCAUGGAUGGUGAUGCUGAAAUAGUAACCAAUUUUUAAUAGUAACCAAUGUUUAACAUUUCAUUCUCAACAUUUGAGAAUAGCGUUUGGUCAGCAGUUAUAAACUCUAAACAAGAACAUUACGAAAUGAUACAGAAAAGUAUUGUAAAAAAAUUGAGUAUGAGAUGGAACACUUUUUCAUCCAACCUACUGCGCUGAACUAGCAGUUGCAUUGGCGCCAUCAGAAGAAAGAAGUGGUUUUAAUGCCAAACAAGAGGAAAAAAAUUGUAUUUUAAAAAUUAACAAAAGAACACCUUGUUUUCUUGUGUAUUUGUUGUGCACGUUUUUAGCUCUUGAACAGAACCGAAUCUGAAGUUAACAUAA